GGGCGGGGCUGCGGUUGCGGUCGCGGCGCCCGCGGCGGAGUCGGAGGCGGCGGCGGCGGUGGCGGCGAGUGGCUGUCUCUGGAGCAUUGGAUGAUGUGAGAGUUAGGUUGCAGUGAUGUCGACCCUCUGCCCGCCACCAUCUCCAGCUGUUGCCAAGACAGAGAUUGCAUUAAGCGGUGAAUCACCUUUGUUAGCAGCUACCUUUGCUUACUGGGACAAUAUUCUUGGUCCUAGAGUAAGACACAUUUGGGCUCCAAAGACAGAACAGGUACUUCUCAGUGAUGGAGAAAUAACUUUUCUUGCCAACCACACCCUAAAUGGAGAAAUUCUUCGAAAUGCAGAGAGUGGAGCCAUAGAUGUAAAGUUUUUUGUUUUGUCUGAAAAAGGAGUAAUUAUUGUUUCCCUAAUCUUUGAUGGAAACUGGAAUGGAGAUCGGAGUACUUACGGACUAUCAAUUAUACUUCCACAAACGGAACUUAGUUUCUACCUUCCACUUCACAGAGUGUGUGUUGAUAGAUUAACACACAUUAUUCGGAAAGGAAGGAUAUGGAUGCAUAAGGAAAGGCAAGAAAAUGUCCAGAAGAUUGUCUUAGAAGGCUCAGAGAGAAUGGAAGACCAGGGUCAGAGUAUUAUUCCAAUGCUUACUGGAGAAGUCAUUCCUGUGAUGGAACUGCUUUCAUCUAUGAAAUCCCAUAGUGUUCCUGAAGAGAUAGAUAUAGCUGAUACAGUACUCAAUGAUGAUGAUAUCGGUGACAGUUGUCAUGAAGGCUUUCUUCUCAAUGCCAUCAGCUCACACUUGCAGACCUGUGGCUGUUCUGUUGUCGUAGGCAGCAGUGCAGAGAAAAUAAACAAGAUAGUGAGAACAUUAUGCCUUUUUCUAACUCCAGCAGAGAGGAAAUGCUCCAGAUUAUGUGAAGCUGAAUCAUCAUUUAAAUAUGAAUCAGGGCUCUUUGUACAAGGCCUGCUAAAGGACUCAACUGGAAGUUUCGUUUUACCUUUCCGACAAGUCAUGUAUGCUCCAUACCCCACCACGCACAUAGAUGUGGAUGUCAAUACUGUCAAGCAGAUGCCGCCCUGUCACGAACAUAUUUAUAAUCAGCGGAGAUACAUGAGGUCAGAGCUCUCGGCAUUUUGGAGAGCCACUUCAGAAGAAGACAUGGCUCAGGACACCAUCAUCUACACCGAUGAAAGCUUCACUCCGGAUUUGAAUAUUUUCCAAGAUGUCUUACACAGAGACACUCUAGUAAAAGCCUUCCUGGAUCAGGUCUUUCAUUUGAAACCGGGUUUCUCUCUCAGAAGUACUUUCCUCGCACAGUUUCUACUCGUCCUUCACAGAAAAGCCUUGACAUUAAUCAAAUACAUAGAAGAUGAUACGCAGAAGGGGAAAAAGCCAUUUAAAUCCCUUCGGAACCUGAAGAUAGACCUUGAUUUAACAGCAGAGGGCGACCUUAACAUAAUAAUGGCUCUGGCUGAGAAAAUUAAGCCCGGCCUGCACUCCUUUAUCUUUGGAAGACCUUUCUAUACUAGUGUACAAGAAAGAGAUGUUCUAAUGACUUUUUAAUAUGCAAUUGGUUAAGUGUAUCUCAUCACCAUGAGGAUUGCUGUUACAGUAGUGCUGUCGUGUGAGAACCGUCACUGUCCCUGGGCACAUCCUCCUCAGCAAUUGCAGCUAACACUCAUUUCACUGCAGUUGUCCCAGAGCUGUAUAAGGGGAUGGUGCACCACUACACUGAAUGCCUCUUUUGUGUAUGUGCUCUUCUCGAGACUUAUGUUUACAGUUGAUGUUAAAUUUUGCUAUCUUUUGUAAAUACAAUAAUAGGUUACAAACUUUACCACAACUACUAUGUUUUGAAAUUCAUGAUUAAUGGUUUACACAUAUCAAGGUGAAAUUUGAGUUAGCCUUUACUGAUAUAAUAAUAGUUGACUUUCCAUCUUCACUUGUUUCUUGAUGUACAAGAUUACUGUGAUACCUUUGUAGUCACCUGAAAAUUGGAGCAUUUAAAGUCUUCAGUUCCACAAAAAAGAACUGGAAUAUCUUGAGUAUAAUUUCAGUUUUAGGAAGAAGAUAUUGAGAAAGCAGAUUUUAUUAAUUAAAAUUUAUCAUUAUUAUUAUCAUCAUCAUCAUUAUUUCCUACUUCGUUAAUAGGAUUCAGUCUGUGUAGAAGCACCAACCAGUUACAUGUAGCCAGUGAUUAUGGUGCACCACAGCAUACUUUUUGUUUAUUGUUGUUGUCAAUAUCCUAUAUUUGGGCAACAUCUGUCCUAAGAAUAUAGAAAUUGGAUUUUGUUGUUUCCAACUCUCAAAAUAAUUUUCAUCAUUUUCAAGCCAAAUUGAAGUGUGUACAUCUUGUUCCUUUUUCCCCUUAGAAAAUAUAACUUACAGUUAUUCAGGAGAAAUUGAGAUUUCACUGCUUAGUCAUUUCCUUCCUAUUUACCUCUUGCAGAAUGUACCAUGUACCUAGUUUGGCAGUUAUUGUAACUCCAAGACUAUAAAAUUCAUCAAAGAAUACACCAAUAAGAUCUUUGGAGAACAGAGAAGUUUCCUUUUUUCUUCCUUAUGUUCUGCCCAUAUAUUUGAAGGUAUUGCUGGAGAGAUAGCUUAGUAGAAUAAGCUCCUGCCUGGCAAGCACAAGGUCCUGAGUUCAGUCCCCAGUACUGCCAAAAAAAAAAGAAUUACAACUUGAAGAUAUUGCUACAUUGUCUGAGUCACUUAAGAACAGCAGGACAGACUUUACUGAAGUACUAUUUUCCUAGGUGCUAUACCAGCAGAAUUAAACGGUCCAUUUCUUUGGUUUCUUUAAUGUGCUUGAAGUUUUGUUUUGUUUUGUUUUCUGGCUAUAAAAUACCUGAUUUAAGGUAAUUCUGUGCUUUGAACAGUGCUGCUAUAGGACUGUACACAAAUAAAACUUUUUAUUUAAAAUUGUGCAAGUAAUAUGAAAGGGAAAACAUGUUUAUACAAAAGGGAUAAAAGUGACAGAGCCUUUCUGCCCUCAACUACCAAGUUUAACAAGAAAGACGUUCUCUUCUAAAGGACACAGAAUAGUUUCACCUCAUGAAUUGGAGUGAUCUAGGCAUCUUAAUUCUUAAAUGUACACUGACUGUGAUGACAGUGGCUAGCUGCACAUCUCAGUCCUAAACAAUGCUACUAUUUAAUAUCCCACACUCAAUGCUUUUACAUAACAGAUUCUUAUUUAAGCGCUCAUUAUUUUCUUUUGCUGGUUUAUUAUAUUAUUGUAUAGAAUAUAAAUUGUACAGUGAAAUAAGUUAUUAAAGCAUGUAUAAACAUUGUUAUAUCUUUUAGA